UAAAUUUAGUUCAACAGUGCUGUGAAAUACCAAAUGUUAAGAGUCGUCUGUUGAUGGUAACACUGCGCGGGUAAGAAGAAGACAAAUUUUGCUCGUCAUUCGCAGUUGGCGAUUCACUGAAUUUUUGAUAAACCCAGCAAAUUCAACGCAUUAUAUAUCCCCUCUCGAGAAGCGCCCGCAUCAUGUUCGGAAGACAAAGUGGACUGGGCAGUUCCAGCAACAGCAGCAACCUGGUGGAGUUCCGCGCCGGCCGCAUGAACAUGGUGGGCAAGAUGGUCCAUCCGGAUUCGCGCAAGGGCCUGGUCUACAUGACCCAGAGCGACGAUGGCCUGAUGCACUUCUGCUGGAAGGAUCGCACCUCCGGCAAGGUGGAGGACGAUCUCAUCGUCUUCCCCGACGACUUCGAGUACAAGCGCGUGGAUCAGUGCAAGACAGGCCGCGUCUAUGUGCUCAAGUUCAAGUCAUCGACACGCCGCAUGUUCUUCUGGAUGCAGGAGCCCAAGACGGACAAGGACGACGAGCACUGCCGCCGCAUCAACGAGCUGCUGAACAACCCUCCUUCCGCGCACCAACGCGGCGGUGGCGGCAGCAACGACGGCGACCUCCAGUACAUGCUGAACAACAUGUCGCAGCAGCAGCUGAUGCAGCUCUUCGGCGGCGUCGGCCAGAUGGGUGGUCUCAGCUCGCUGCUGGGCCAAAUGAACUCCCGGACGCCCUCGUCCCGCAACACCUCCUCAUCGGGUGGCGGUGGGGCAUCGGCCUUGCAGACGCCCGAAAACGUUAGUGUGCCACGCACUCCAAGCGCCCCAUCGAAAUCGGGCAGCAGCCGCAGCAGCAGCAAUGUGAACUCGCAGGUCGGCGAAGGUGCCGGCUCCUCCGUUGAUGCGGAUGCCUCCGGUAAGAACUCAACCACAUCGACCACAACGGCGUCAGAAUCGACCGGAGCCUAUGCCAAUCCAUUCCAAGCCUACUUAUCCAAUCUCUCCCCCGAACAUGGCGCAGGACGAUCCCUGAAUAUUGACUUAUCGACGGCCCUAUCCGGCGCCGAUGCCAUUAAUCAGCUUAUUGCCGAUCCGGAGCGCGUCAAGUCGCUGAUCGUGCACCUGCCCGAGUCGGAGGAUGCGGACGAGGAUCGCAAGCAGCAGAUCAAGGACCACAUCACCUCCCCGCAGUUCCAGCAGGCCCUGGCCCAAUUCUCCAAUGCCCUGCAGUCGGCGCAGCUAGGACCAGUGGUCAAGCAAUUCGAGCUCUCCAACGAAGCAGUUGCCGCCGCCUUCUCCGGCAAUCUGGAGGACUUUGUGCGUGCUCUGGAGAAGAGCCUCCCCGCCGGUGCCACCAUGGGUGGCGAACCCUCCGCCAGCGAGAAGAAGGGCAGCGAUCCCGAGACCCCAACUUCAGUGGCCCGCGAUGAGAACACGGAUCCCGCUGCCGAAAAGCAGGAGGAGAAGCAGAAAUAGAUUACGUUUGCGGCUUGGUUAUAAUUCAAAUGCAAUCCGAAAGCAUAUUUUUUUCAUGUUCAAAGUGAUUUUUGGAUUCUGAAUAAAUUCAAAUUGGAGUUAAACAGAA